AUGCGGCAUUCUUCCAAUUCAACAAUCAGGUGUACCGACAUGGCUGAUAGCGAGUUUGAGGAAUUUCGCCGUGUAUUCGACAGAUUACCGCAACAUAUAAAAGCCCCGACACCAUUUUAUUCGUUAGUGCCAAAUGUCGGAUUAGAAGAUGAUUCACCAUCGUCUAAGAGCGAAGGGUCGCCCGAGGAGGAUAGAGAAUGCGGGGAUGCGGAGGUGCCGGCGGCUGCGGAAUCUGUUGACUCACCUCCUCCGCAAACGGACUCUACAGAUCCCCAAAGAAGCCCUCACCACCAAACCUUCACAAAUGGCGAGAGAAGACGGAGAAAACUUCCCGAAAUACCAAAAAACAAAAAAUCUACAGUAUUAGCCGGCGGUCAGCCAACAUCAUUGGCGGAUGAGUUGGGUUCAUUGACCGGUCUACUUGUAAGGCCAGGAUGCCACGGCCGGCCAUUGUUAGUGCUCAAAUGCGGAUACCUACUCGACGAAGACUCGAGUCCGGACUCGGAGAGACUACAGAGCCUGGGUGACGUAGAUAGUGGGCACAGCACAGCACAUUCCCCUAUCGACACUGGCCCUAAGAGUUUAUCCCCGACGCCGUUACAACAAAAUGUAUCCCCGUCAUCAAGCUGCAGUAUCAGUGGGAUCAAUUUCGCUGGUAACAUGACCACGGUACCCCACAGCCAGCUGGAGAUGCUGGAAGCGACUCACAGAGGGCUGCACAAGUUCAACCCGAGACAUCACGACGAGAUCGAGGUGGAGAUAGGAGAUCCGAUAUACGUGCAGAAGGAAGCUGAUGACUUGUGGUGUGAAGGCGUUAAUUUAAGAACCGGUCAACAAGGCAUAUUCCCUUCAGCGUACGCAGUGGAUAUGGAUUAUAACGAUUUUGAUCCCGCUAAUGCAAAAGUUAAACGGGAGCGAUAUUUAUUAGGAUACAUGGGGUCGGUAGAGACGUUAGCUCACAAAGGAACGGGUGUGGUGUGUCAAGCAGUCAAGAAGAUUGUUGGUGAAAAUGCGGCUGAGCCCACGAUGCAACCAUGUAUACUAGAAGUGUCAGACCAGGGUCUUCGUAUGGUAGAUCGGUCGAAGCCUGACAGAAAUCGGAGUGGACCGUGCAUUGAUUACUUCUACUCAUUGAAGAAUGUAUCAUUCUGUGCGUUCCACCCGCGCGACCACCGGUACCUGGGCUUCAUUACUAAGCACCCGACGCUGCAGAGAUUCGCUUGCCACGUGUUUAGAGGCCAGGAAUCGACGAGGCCUGUGGCCGAAGCCGUGGGGAGAGCAUUUCAAAGGUUCUAUCAAAAAUUCAUCGAGACGGCUUACCCGAUUGAGGACAUAUACAUAGAAUAAACAGGCAGAACUAUUAAAUUCGACGGCGGUGUCGGCUUUCUUUUAGUUAUAGCCGCAGGCUGGUAACGGGCAAUAAACAACAAUUUUUAUGAAAAGUUACUAGUGUAAUCGACAACCAUAAUAUUUUACUUUCCAAUUCCAUUAUGUAUCUGAAUUUCCUAUUCACAGCAAUAUAUUAAUGAUUAUUAGCUUUAAAGGUAUUAUAAAACUAUAUAAUAUACAAGUACGAAAGAGUAUUUAAAUUAAAAAUUUGGCUCAGGACAAAUAUGUAUCUAGAUACAAGAAACUGUUAGUGAUAAAGUUUUAUAAGUCAUGUUAAGGCAAUGAAGUAUCAUCAAUUCUCUUUGCUAUGCUAUUAUCAACACAUUUAGCAGUUCUUGAGCAUGAGCACGAUUAUAUAGAAUUUAAUUAAUUACAUUAAUUAAUGCUAAGCAUAUCCAAAUCGGCUUAGGAAAUGCAGUACGAAAGAUAUUGAUUUCUAUAGUAAUACGUGCCAGUAUCUUUCAAUCUGGUAUGUACAGUCAGCUACAAAAGUAGGUGAACAAAUUAAAAAAUUCAAGACGUUUCUGCACAUUAACUGUAAUCAAAAUAUUCGUUUUUCUUGAUCUUAAAUAAAGUAAAAAUUAUGUUAGUGAACAAAAUAAUAUUGUUGAUACAGACACAAAAGUGUAAAGGCUAUUCAAAAUAUUGAAUUUGUUCAGCUACUUUUGUGGCUGACUGUACAUGUCUACUAUGUUAGAGAAAGGAAUUGAUUUAAUGUAACGUAUGUAAAUAUAAAUGUACGCCUGUGACACGAAUCUCAAACUUACACCAUCAGCCGCAUUGUCGCAAACCGCCUUUCUAAAUAUUAUGUAUCUAAUACAACUGUGUGUAUAGUAACACCGAAUAAUUCAAAAUUAGAGUGAUACGUUUAUAAAGAGCCUUGUAAUGUUAGUACUUCAGAUGUAGGGAACUCUUUAAAUACAUAUAAAGUAUCGGUGAUCGGAAUGGCUCAAGCGAUUUUACUCCUGAGUCUUGUCGAGAGAAAAGUAUUAUAAUUUUAUGAAUACUUAUUAUAAUAAUCACGAAAAAUAAUGUAAAAAUAUAAUGUUGUUCUAUAAUUAUUGCAAAUCGAAUACAUUUUUUUAAAGAUAUUUGUUUUAGAAAUUGGAUUUUCAAAUAAUUAUCAGAAAUCGGAUGAAUAAUCACAUUUUGAUUCAUGGAACUAAUAGUAACGUAGGAUUAAAAACUAUUAAAAUAGCGUUACAAAAACAAUCUUGGGCGAUACAGAAUUUAUCUAGAUGUAUAAAUAUUCUGUCAAAAAAAAUCUAAGUACUGUAUACAAUAACUAUCAUGUAAGUCUAAAUACUAAACAUGUUUCUUCUUAGUACCAGAAAUAGUCAACAGAGUCAAUUCGUUAUUUGUGUUUCUCAAAACAUGUUCUCAUGGAGAAAUUUUUUGGAGCUAUAGUUCUAGAAUCAGAUAGAAAAAAUAGAAUAGUAAAAACUUACAUUAUAUAAGUAUAGUUAUUGUUUCGCAGAGAAAUAUGAAUUCAUCUACACGAUCAAACCUAUAGAGACAGGAAACUAUGUGACAAGUAAUUCAAUAAUAUGUCCUAAAUGAAAAUCAUUUGUGUGACUUUUGGUGUCGAAAAUAUGAUUUACAACGUUUUUUUUUUAGAAACAAAAGAUUUUUGUAAUAUCUUGUUAAAUACAUUUAUGGUUGUAAAAAACUUUAAUACAGUGAUAAUGCUAUCGUUAAAUUUGCACCAAUGAUAAUAAUGAACAGAAAUGUUUCCUUAUACACUACUUUAAAUAAUUAUUGUUUGUAUGGUGUCUACUAAACUUCUAUACAAAGCCAUUAGGCUUCGCACAGAUGCUAUCGGCUUAGUGGCGAGAAAUAAAUAAAUAUGAAACAAACAGUUAAAUACUACUACUUUAACAAUUACAUAAUCUUGUAGCAUGCGUCGGCAACCAGGUGAUAGCCCCUGUUUGAGCUCGAUGUGACGGCUGGGCGAUUUAAAAUGUUACAUGUAUUUUUUGGAACGCCACUGCGCAGUUUGAUUGACUUUCUGUUAUCCCCAGCGACAUUCUUAGAAAUUAUUCCAUAAUAUAUCAUUGUGAUCACAUUAUGUAAAAGUUUGAUUACUUUAUAUAUUUGUAUCAUUAAUUAAAAAUCUUUAAACUUUAGUUUAAUUAUUUGUUUAAUAAUCAUUAGAUUUGAAUAUGAAAUCUAUGAACAUUCCAUUUUGGAUGGAUUUUAGUUUGUGGAUACGACUUAUGGGUUAUUGGUUGUCUAUCACUUUAAAUAUAAAACCAGUGUCGAUAUAAAAGUAAGGCAGGGUAAUAUGUCACGAAUGUACCAUGAUUUCUUUAUAUCUAGGACAACCACACUAAAAAGACUAUUACAUGUAGAGAUAACUCCAAUCGAUUAUGAUUUCAUACAAUCCAAUCCCUUAGAUGAGAUUUGUACUACAACUCACAGGCAUCACUAACAAUACAUGUUACUGAUAAAUUAUAUCACACUCUCUGAACCUUGAAUAUUUCGUGUGAUAUAGAUGACUAUACGAUUCUCAAACUCUGUGAUAUGGACUCAUUAAGUUUCAGGUGUAGGUAUAAUUUCUUUUCGAUUUCAAUUUAAACAUCAAGUCAUUAAUUCGUGUAAUCAAAAUUACUAUUACUCUCAUUACGCCUGUUGGAGAAGAUUAUGCAAUGACGCAUUAAAAAAACAUCGCGAUACUAAAGCAAUCUUAACCUGAAGAUCAUUUUCGUGGUUGUCAUGAACUAUAUUUUUGUAUAAAAUUACAAAUAUAAUAUAGAUUUUUUGUAAUUUUACAUCCUCUUCCGCUGUGAUUUGGAUGGGCUAGUCUCUGUUGAGACCAGCCGUGUAAGUAUUAUAAUCGAUGUGCUUAAUCUAUUGGUAUCAGCUAUGAUAGUAUAGUUGAAUGUACAGACUUCAGCACCUCAUACUUAUACUUAGUUGAAUGCUUCGGCAAUAUUUACUGUCAUGUACUACAUACCUACACCGUAAUAUUAUUUGUAUGUCGCUAUUAUGAAUUGUAAUUGUAAAUAUUUUGAUGUAAUAAAUAAUAAAAUGGUCUGUUCACAUCGCAAGUUUAGUUCGUGUCUUAGACGAAAUUUCCGUAUAACUAUUUGCUUUGUUCGAAAUUAACCUUUACUUUAUCAAAAAUAUUUAAUUCAAAACUAAUGCUAAUAAAUACGGCAAUAUAUCAACUAAACUUUUUAUCAAUAUUGAAUUCAUCGAUUACAGAUUUGGAUUUGGUACCUGUUAAAGCUGACGUGCCUGACAAAUAGUUACAUGUUUAUAAUCAAAAUAAUUCUGUGUAGAAUAAAAGACGUUAAAAAAAAAUUGACUCUUUUACCAUUUUUUGUGACUGACGUGUACCUAUAAAAAAUCUUUUUAUCAUAUAUUUCAACUGUAGCAAUAUCAGAAUCUCAAAAAAAUGUGUGUUUCAAUCACAUAUGACAAACAGCGAUGACAUUUGUCAUAAUAUAUAAUAAUAUAUUUUUUUAAUUUAUUGUGACAAAUAACAAAGAUAUAUUUAUCGAUAUUUGCAAUGUGAACACGGCCUAUAAUUGUAAAUAGUAUAGACGUUUUCGGCAUAAUCUGAAUAAAGGUCGAGAAGCUAUUAUAUCAACAAAUCUUGCUAUGAGCUGUGACACAUAUGAAAAAAUAUAGGUGAAAAUUAUUUAUUUUUUCAAUAAAUGUCAUAGCAUAUUCGACACAAAUUGCGUAAGACAUUAAACGAUUAUUAUAUUAUUUGGGACUGA